GAGGUAUUGCCCUCACCGCUCCCAGUCCACCACAUCUUGCACAAUAUUCGAUCGAGCAGCUCACACUACACACGAACGAUGGCACCUCCUGCAGUCAUUAGUGCAACGCCCGGAAAACAUACAAACAACAACCCCCGUGGGAACUUACCGAUUCUCCUCUCCGUCGAAGGACCGGCGAACUCUUUCUAUCAGACCUUCACACGGUUAGAUGUUUUGCCCACGUGCAUAUCAUAGAGCUGGGGAGCCACUUACAACACGGAACUCCCAGGCGAGCUUACGGGGUAUGGACGCAGCCAUAUUCAAUAAGCUCUGCAACAGGAGGCCAGGGGGAGCUGGCAAGGAUUGCAAGCCUAGCUCCAUCAAGCACGACACCACAAGGGCAUUGCCUAGACAGUGGUCAGUGAUGCCCGGCAGUUCGUGGAGGUGGAGACAUACAGUUCCUCAAGUGGCACCUCGAGAUCCUGGAGGAGCGAGCCAGGAUCAGCAGUUAAUGCUAGGAGGGCCCAGAGCACUCACAAAGCAGAGAAGAGAAACACUCCAAGCGACACCAACUACAUCCUUAAACAGAAAGAGUUCGUCAAAGGUCUGCUUCGGAAAACGCAGAAGGACAAGAGCUACAACACCAAGGAGAAGAAGGCCAUUGAGGGCAUCAGCGAGUGGCUAAGUGGAGAGUAUGUCAGCGACUUCCUCGUCAGAUGUCGGAUUACUUACAAAGAGGACUGGAUCCAAGACCUCUUGGAUCUGGAGAGGAGGUAGAGCACUAGGAACUUAUCAUGAUUAGCUUCUCACUAAUCUAAGGGGGCAAGACCAGUCCUGUAGCUAGACGUACACAACGGCAGACUGUAGCGAGUAAGUCACCACAACACUAACCACGAG